AUGAAUAAUGGGGGUGGGGACCCACAGAUCCAACCCCCAGGACAUGACGACAACACAGGGAAGACCAGAGCCACAGAUACUCAGUGGCACCCAAGCCCGGAGCCCCGGGAGUUCCCCAACAGGGACAACCCCCACCCCACCCGAGAGAAGCAGAGCUCAGGUGACCACAUAGAAUCAUCAACUGGUGAAGGAGAAAAAGAUUCAAAAAACCCAGAUCUAAAUGCUUAUAGAGAUUCUGAUUCUUCAGAAACUGAAGUUAGUGAGGAUGAUGAAGAGGAUAAUGAUGUGAACAAUCCUGAGUCUCAGCUGAAGCCUUUAUCAGACUCUGGGUCAAAAGCUGAAGACACUGACGAAGCCUGGGAGUCUUCACCCAGCAGGGUCUCUGAGUCAAGUGUGAACAGGGUCCACAAUAAAAAUGGACUGAAGCCAUUUUGUUGUGAUGUUUGUGGGAGAAGGUUCAAUCUUAAUCGAUAUUUAAACAGACACAUAAAAAUCCACACAGGGCAGAAGCCCUUUUCUUGUGAUCUGUGCGACAAAAGGUUUAGUGAAAAGGGAGAUUUAAACAGACACAUGAAAAUCCACACAGGACAGAAGCCCUUUUCUUGUGAUCUGUGUGAAAAAAGGUUUACUGAAAAGGGUAGUUUAAAAAAACACAUGAAAAUCCACACAGGACAGAAGCCAUUUUCUUGUGAUCUUUGUGGCCGACGGUUUACAAGAAGCGACAGUUUAAAUGGACACAUUAGAAUCCACACAGGACAGAAGCCAUUUUCUUGUCAUUUGUGUGAACAAAAGUUUACCGAAAAGAGCCAUUUAAACAGACACAUGAGAAUCCACACAGGACAGAAGCCCUUUUCUUGUGAUCUGUGUCAAAAAAGGUUUAGCGAAAAGGGUAGUUUAAAAAAACACAUGAAAAUUCACACAGAACAGAAGCCAUUUUAUUGUGAUCUUUGUGACCGAAUGUUUACUAGUAAGGCCAAUUUAAACAAACACAUGAGAAUUCACACUGGGGAAAAAAGUAAUUUGAAAGAACUUAUAGGCAAGAAUCCACACACACACUAAUUAUUUAAUUUUAUUUUUUUACAUGUCUGAAUCUGGUGAUCAACAAGAUACCUUCACUAGUUUUAACUGAGAAACAUUUAUGUUUCCAACACCCAUAAAAUUGCUUUUUCCUUGUAAAGUACAUAACAUUCACAG